GAAGGGGCUGGGUAGCGGCCACAAGAUGGCGGCGGCGGCGGCGGCGGCGGCGGGAGGUUGGCUGAGGGGAUGCGCGAAGCUGAAAAGAAAUAUGCCAGCAUACUUGGCUCCUUGGAGGGCUUCUCCCUGUGCCUUUCGGUCCUCCAGAUCUGAACCCAUGCCAAAUCUAGCCAGUGAUGGAGUUGUCUGUGCUCCGCUUCAAACAUUCACUGAAGAGGAGACGAUGCUGAAAAAUAUGGUGACAAAGUUUGCUCAGGACCGAGUUGCACCUUUGGUGCAGAAAAUGGAUGAGAAUUCAAAAAUGGAAGACUCUGUAAUACAAGGAUUGUUUGAACAAGGGCUGAUGAGUAUUGAGCUUGGGGAAGAAUAUGGAGGAACUGGAGCUUCAUUUUUUUCCAUCAUAUUGGUGGUAGAAGAAUUAGCCAAAGUUGAUCCAGCUGUAUCUCUUCUAUGUGAACUCCAAAAUACACUAACAAAUAAGUUGUUUACCACAUAUGGAACAGAAGAACAAAAAAGAACUUACUUGCCCAGAGUGGCUAAAGAUACAAUAGGCAGUUUCUGUCUUUCGGAGGCCGGAUCUGGCAGUGAUGCUUUCUCUUUGAAGACUCGGGCUGAAAAGAGAGGAGACUACUAUGUCAUCAAUGGUUCAAAGAUGUGGAUUAGCUUAGCAGAACAUGCAGGAGUUUUCUUCGUGAUGGCAAAUACAGAUCCAUCCUUAGGAUACAGGGGAAUUACGUGCUUCAUAGUAGAUCGCGACACAGAGGGGCUACAUGUAGGCAAGAAGGAGGACAAGCUUGGAAUCAGAGCAUCUUCUACCUGUCCAGUAACGUUUGAAAACGUUAAGGUUCCUGAGACCAAUAUCCUGGGACAGGUUGGACAAGGCUAUAAGUAUGCAAUUGGAAUGCUAAAUACUGGCAGAAUAGGUAUUGCUGCACAGAUGUUAGGACUGGCACAGGGCUGUUUUGACCACACAAUUCCGUAUACAAAGGAGAGAGUCCAGUUUGGGAAAAGCGUAUUCGACUUUCAGGGAAUGCAACAUCAGAUAGCUCAGGUGGCCACACAGUUGGAGGCAGCAAGGUUGCUGACCUACAAUGCAGCCCGCCUUGCGGAAACAGGAAGGCCGUUCAUAAAGGAGGCAAGCAUGGCCAAGUACUAUGCUGCUGAGGUUGCAACACUGACAACUAGUAAAUGUAUUGAAUGGAUGGGUGGUGUUGGAUUCACAAAAAAUUAUCCAAUAGAAAAGUAUUACCGUGACUGCAAGAUAGGUACAAUAUAUGAAGGAACUUCAAAUAUCCAGUUGAGCACCAUUGCAAAAAGCUUAGCAAAGGAGUACUGAAACCAGAAGGACUCAGUACUGUUAACGGAGUUGUUUCCCUGAACAUUCAUUGUGAAUUACACAUUUGUUUGUAAUCAUAAAAAUCGUUAACAACAUCAUAAAUAAGAACACAUGAUCAGAGGUGAAAUCAUAAGGAAAAUCAUGAACUCCCCAUUUCAGAACAGUGAGUGUGUAAUUCACCUGAAAUUGUGAAUUUCACAUCCAAAUCCAAAUCAUGGGUUAAAAGUAUUUCUUUCUGCCUGAGAGACUUCUAAGCUAACACAUUGGCUGAAAUUAUUUGGUUGCCUUAGGUUAUGCCAGCAGUGGAUCUCCACUUUGAGAUUUCAAAGUGAAAACAAAAGAAGCCGAAUCCUUGGCUUGCCUGGUGUGAAAGAUUCUGUUAAGCCAUCUGGGAGACAGGACCCUACACACGCAGCAGAACUGUUGCAGGGUGUGAAGCUGCUGUUUGUUCAUGAUGCCCUUUAUUAGCAUGGAGGAGAGAGAGAAAUAGAAGUGAUAGUUUCCUCUCUCCGAGGUGGAGUGAUGUCUGUGGAGCUGCUGUAAUUGGAGUAAUUUUUAUAGCAGCCCUCAGUGUGUUCUUAAGUAUAUCUUGGUAAUUAAGCCCUUCCAGCCCCAAUUUGUAGUACUGAAAGGUGGAUAAUAUCUACCUCUCUUUCCAGCUUUCUCAGCUGUUAAGGGUUUUAAUCUAAGAGGCUAUUUAUAGUUUUCCUUUCAGAAAAGGUUGAGUUGAAAUCUUUGUGAAAUUGGGUUAAAAAAGCUCUAGUAGUUCUGCAAAAAGACAGAGAUAUAAGCUAGGUAAUAGGAGUGCUAUGAUACUACCUCACAGUGGCCUUUCCAUGUUCAAUGUAUUUUACAAACUUUAACCCUCAGAGCUCUGCUGGGAGUUAGGGAGGAACUGUUAAUUUGCAGCCUAGAAAACUCACUCAUGGAAGUUAGUGGUUCACCAGCAAAGUUUUUCUCCUUUUGAGAGAAAGAGAGGGGGGGUUUAGAGAAGUAUUUGGUUUUCUUUCCCUCUCCGUUUACUUUAUAAUCAGACAUUUUAUUUACAGUCGAAACCUUUCCAGUGCUGGAGAUCUCAUUAAGUAAGAAGCAAGAGACGGAAAGCUUGAUAUAUGAAAAAUCGUUAGAAUUGCUGUAAUUGGCAAUUUGCCUCAAGUGUUUUGGGGAGGGAAGUAUUCUGGUUUUGUCAUUUUGGCUGACUUAGGAGAAUCUCAGUCACUGAUGAUUCACUUCGGGUGCAGUUGACAGUGUUACAGGCUGAGAGUCCCAAAGGAUUUUUGAGCAAAACUGGGAUAAAUGACACUUAACAAGUAUGGUUUUGUAAAACAAGCAGGUGGCAGUGCCUUAUACAAAGAAACAAGCAAGGAGGAAAAGCACUAUUACAGACUUUCCUGACUUUCUGUCAGCUUCAAAGGGAAGGUGCUGCUUUAGUGAAUUAAUCCCCCUACAUGCACACUUUGCCUCUUGAUAGGCAAAGAAUUAAUGUGGUAAUUCUCCUUAUACCUAUAGAAAAAGCCCCUCCCAUAUCAGUUUGAUCAACAGCUUUGAAAUUUUCAACAAUAAAAGAGUAGGAGGGUAGAUCAGAUGAUUUCUGAAGUUUUCUUUAAUAAUUAUUACAAUUAUUACCAUUAUCAUCAUUAUUAAUGCAUUUCAAGUGGUUUGAAGGCUUUCUCUCAGCUGAACUGAAAUGGCUGGGGAGAUUGUUAGGCUAGAAUUAAGACUACAGAUGCUGCAACAGUGAACUACAGUGAUUCUGUUCAAUGUAGUCUUAUCUGCAAGUCUAAAAUGAUCAUAACCACACUACAAAAUGCUGUGUUAAGGUUGGUUAAUGUGAUGGGUUGUGCCAAUGUGAGGCAGUCCUUAGCCGCUGCAGUUUAGCCUGCUUUGCUGACGUGUGUCAGCAGAGAUCAGGUUUUGAUUCAUGCUUGUUAAUAGGUCUCCUAAUUUGGGAAACUAUCCUAGCUUGGCUUCUGCAGUUUUGCAUGAGGCUAGGAAAUGAGUGGCAAUACUUAACUGGCUUAAUAUAGUGCUAAAAGCAAACCCUUUAUGGAGGAAAGUGCAGAGCUCUUUGAAGGACUGUGAAGGGCUGGAUAUCCAGGCUUAUGUAAAAGGACUGCUUCAGUCCAGAAAACAACCUGAACAGCCUCAUCAGCUACUCAACAGUUCUCAGAAAUACAAGGUCAAGCCUUUACCUAAUGUUACAGCUGUAAAUAUUCCACGUUUCUCAGUUCUAUAUACUGUAUUCUGUACACAGUAACUGCUGAAAGAAAUGUCUGUAUUGUGUUUGAUUUUUGUCCACAAAAUCCUGUGGAGGAGUAUGUGCACAAAUGAAUUAGAACCACUGACUUUCUUUCAUCCUUGUUUUAAAAGGGCAUGUACCAUUGUGGAGAGCUAUUCUGGGAAGAGGUUGCUUGCUUUAUUCCCAUAAGUCUGAUUCCAUUAAUGCAGAUGUUGAUCUAGUAGUAAGAUGUGCUGUGCUGUUGUGUAGGAGCUGUGAAGAGCUGCCUGCAUUCCCCACCCCCUGUUCCGUUUGGGACAGGCAUUUAUGGAUUGUCUACAUUAGGCACUGUGGGCACAGGUCUGGUGGUGGUGGCUGGCUGCACCAGUGGCCUUGUGACACUCUGAGGCUUUGUGUGCUAAUGACAGGACUCAAAGCUGCUUUAUACUCAAUAUGUAUUUAUACAACUAGACAGGUUGCCGAGAGAGGUGGUAGAUGCUCCAUCCCUGGAGACAUUGGAAGGCCAGGCUGGAUGUGGUUCUGGGCAACCUGAUCUAGUUGAAGAUGUCCCUGCUCAUUUCAGUGGGGUUGGACUAGAUGCCCUUUGAAGGUCUCUUCCAACCCAAACUAUUCUAUGAUUCUACGGAGUUUUCCCUUUAUGCGCCCUUAUUCAAUCCAGUCUAUUGCUCUGGAACAGCAUCUUCAGUAUCAAAUGUUGCAUCUGGGCUUCCCUGGUUAGAAGAAAAGACCUAUAUUGAGAAUGUAUUAAAAAGUGCCUGAAUUUUAUACUUGACUUGAUCCAAUGCUAAUCUUGUAUAUCAGGUGAUGGUUCUCUAAUAUUCUGUCAUUUAAAAUUUUUCCCAGAUUUUGCAGGUUUUCUACUAGAAGAGAAUGACUAUCUCAUCCAUCAGUUUUCCUUAGUUUUAUUCUGAUUUAUGAUAAAGGUCUGAGGCAGAUUUCCACAGAAACGUUUAAUCACUACUUGGGAAAUGCUCAAAUACAACAUUUCAUAUGAUGUUUUCUGUGCUGUUGUUCUUUCUUCCACAUUUGCUUUUCCCCGUGUAAAGAUUGUGUUAGAAAAGGUUUACAUGAAAUAUGCAGUAAUUGUUCAUUGGGAGCCUUUUGCUAUGUAAAGAAUUUUCUAAUUAACAUGUUAUUGCCGUUCCAUUUGGAAAUCUUUUGGUGAGAGACACAUUUCAAGUUCUUCCUACCAAGCUAAGCUUGAUUUGAGACACAUUUUGCUUUGAAAGCAGCUCUCUGACUUUCCUGAGCUUGCUGACUGAAUACACCAUAGCUGAAGAAAUGUUUUUCCUCAACCUCAGAAUGUGUUCAUUGUACCAAUGUGAUAGAUCUUCUCCUAAGAGAACUACCUGCAAGUGGUUAACAGCUACCACAAAUACUUCACAGAUAUUUACCUGUUAUGUUAUUGUUGUGCAUUGUGUGUGAUGGAGGCACAAAUCAAGCGAGAGCUGAUGGGUAGAUGAAUAUGUAUUGUAUGAUUCCCAAAGAAUUCCCACGCAAUUCAUCAUUCUAUGCUGUAUUGAAAUACAGUCAUUGCAGAGUGUUUUACAAGGAGUUGUGUGCUCUGAAGUGUAACUCCCUGCUCUAGGUCCUGGUGAGGGGGCAUGGCUGGAAGCUUUACUCUUCUGGUUGGACUGUAGGAUUAACGUAGCGUGGCUGAUGGCACACACAGGCAAGAGGAAGCAAGAGUUCUUUCCAGGCCCACACCAGAGGAAGUCAAACACCAGUGCCUAGUGAAUCCAGAGUUCCAGGCUAACAGAUAGGAUUUACAAUCAUUAUUUCAGUUAAAUAUGCCAGUUGUAAGAUCAGUUGCUAUAAUUAACAAAGUCCAGCUUAGCAGCAUUGAGGGAAUUUCUCAUUAUCUGAUAGUAGAGACAUUAUUAAGCUGCUUCGAAAUCUUGGCGUUUAUUAUCCUCUAAAAAUACUCUGUUCAUGUGCAAUAACUAAUACCAUGUGCAAUAACUAAUACAUUUGGAAGUAGAUGAUCUUAAGGUCCUUUCCAACCCUAACCAUUCUAUGAUUCUGUGAUUAGGUAACUACAGUUAACCAGUAUGUUUCCUAACAGCUUGUUUCAUAGAUCAGAGCAUUCACACGUUUAUUUGUAUUGGUAUAUUAAUGUUCAGAAGAAUGUGCAAUGUACAAUGUAACUUUUCUGAUAAGCUAUUUUAAAAUAUAAAUCAAAACUAUGUAUGGGCUCAAUGGGCAGUAAUAGCAUUUUUAUAUAUUAUUCUUCUGUCUUUUAAGAUCAUUUGGAUUUACAUCUUUCUGAAGCUAUUCUUCCUCUGUGUGUCUUAGUAGCUGUAGAGCUACUAAUACUGGAGGACUGUAUGUAUAAAGCAAUCUGAAAGUCACUUCACUAAAGAUCCUAAAGACAAAGCACUCCCCACCUGACAGAAAACUGUGUAGCAGUAGCCAAGUAACCAACACUUUCAGAACUGGGGACUUCUGAACGUGCAGAAGGUUAUGUUCAUCAAACAUUUUGCAGGGAUCUCUGAAGAAAGAAAAGCUCUUCCACAAAAGAAGUAAAUAAUCAAAUAGCAGCAGGAAAAUCUAAAAUACAGCAAUAAAUCCCCAUCUUCCGCAUUGCUAGUUUGUGUAUUUGGGGGUCUCCUAACCAGGAAAUAAGCAUAUAUGGACUGAAACUAAAUUCUCCAGCCAGACCUGGAGGUCUAACAACCAGUUUAAAGUGUUACACAAACCAUUGUCACAAUUUGGGGCAGUUUCAAAAACAUCUGUUGUAAAUGGCCAGAUAAAGCAGGGCUGGAGUGCUUUGGGUGUGUUGAACAGGGGCGAGAAAUCAACUUGCAGACAUGAGCAGGACUGAAAAUGAGCUUUGGUUCAUCUGUAACAGUGGCUGGAGGGUCACAGAGGGAGAGCGCUCAUCGGUGGGAAGAGCUAAAAUGGAACCUUCCUGCUUGUUUGGUUUAGAUCAAGAAAUGUCGUCUUGUUUUCCAGCAGUGAGAUGACUUUCCUAGUGUAGAGAGAGCAAAGGAAAUAGCAGAGCUGCAAUAUGAUGGGUUCAUGUUGAAUUUGCAUCUACUGCCUCCGUAUCCCAUAAAUUUGAUGGAUUCAGUUUUGGCAAGUUCCCAUUUUGGAGCCUGCAGAAGGACUCCGGUUGGGUCUCUAUUUCACAGCACACAAGAAGCUCUGAUGCAGAUAUCCAAAGCUGGUGUUCUCCUACUUGAGGGGUUGUUCCCUGCUUUCUCUUAUGGACAUUCAGCCAAGACUUCUAAACGAUGACCCACCCAUCAGAGGAUCAGAAUAAUUUUCUACCAUGCUUCCCAUCACAUUCUUUGCUGCGUCUUGAAUAUUUUCUGAUUCAUUUUCUAGGACGUGCUGCAAGAUUUUUCUGUUCACUAAUUUGCAUCCUAAAGAUGCAGAUUAAAUGCUAAUUUUUCAAUAUAA